UCCUCUCUGAUUAAGCAGACAGUUGAGGAUACAGGGUCUGAGAAUGAAUGUUCAUCGUGGUAGUGACGGCGACAGGUUGUUGCGUCCAGAGGCCAGCUGCCUAGUGGAUGAUACCUCAGAUGCAGCUCAAGAAAAAGAAAAAAAUAGCCUGGCUUCACCUGGUCUUCACAAUCUUACUUAUCCCCUAGGUCCCAGGAAUGAAGACAUUAAAGGCUCUUGCUUCCAAAGUGGGAAUAAACGGAACCAUGAAUCCUUUAUUGCUCCAGAAAGAUUUGGAUACAGCAGUAUGGGCUUUGGCAGUAACCCUCAUUCCCAGGCACCAGAGAAAGUGACCCUUCUUGUAGAUGGCACACGUUUUGUUGUGAAUCCACAAAUUUUCACUGCUCAUCCGGAUACCAUGUUGGGAAGGAUGUUUGGACCAGGAAGAGAGUACAACUUCACUGGGCCCAAUGAGAAGGGAGAGUAUGAGAUUGCUGAAGGAAUCAGUGCAACUGUAUUUCGCACAGUGCUGGAUUAUUAUAAAACUGGUAUCAUCAAUUGUCCUGAUGGCAUCUCUAUUCCAGACCUUAGAGAUACAUGUGAUUAUCUCUGUAUUAACUUUGAUUUCAACACUAUUCGAUGUCAAGAUCUGAGUGCUUUUCUGCAUGAACUGUCUAAUGAUGGUGCUCACAAGCAGUUUGAGCACUACCUCGAAGAAUUGAUUCUGCCCAUCAUGGUGGGCUGUGCCAAGAAAGGGGAGCAGGAGUGCCACAUUGUUGUGCUGACUGAUGAAGAUUCUGUGGACUGGGAUGAGGACCACCCCCCACCCAUGGGGGAAGAAUAUUCCCAAAUUCUUUAUAGCUCCAAGCUCUACAGAUUCUUCAAAUAUAUUGAGAAUCGAGAUGUUGCUAAGACAGUGUUGAAGGAACGGGGCCUGAAAAACAUUCGCAUUGGGAUUGCAGGGUACCCUACCUGUAAAGAAAAAAUUAAGAGAAGAUCUGGUGGUCGGUCUGAAGUUAUCUAUAAUUAUGUGCAGCGCCCCUUUAUACAGAUGUCCUGGGAAAAGGAAGAAGGAAAGAGUCGUCAUGUGGAUUUCCAGUGUGUUCGAAGCAAAUCUCUCACUAAUCUGGUAGCUGCUGGGGAGGAUGUCUUGGAGGACCAGGAGAUAUUAAUGCACCACCCACCCCAAGUGGAUGAACUUGACCGGCUAAAUGCCCCACUUUCUCAGAUGGCUUCUAAUGACUUUCAAGAUUAGGGUCUGCUGUGAGCCCACCCCUCACCAGAGCUCUUCUCUGUCUGGAAUGCCCUCAGCUAGGCCUCCCUGUCCUCCCCGUCAUCUGUCUCAUCCUGAGUAGGAGACAUGCUUCUCCCCCAUUAUUUCCUUUCCCCCAUAAUUAACGUGUCCUCUGCAGUAAGUCUGUGCUUCUGGCAAGGAAUGAAGAAGCACGCUUUGGUAAUUAGGCUACCAGUUUUGCAGCAGCCCUGGUAACUUGAAAAAUUUUGGUCUGGUGCUGUUCACUGAGUUUCUGCACAACUGCAAAAGCAGGAAAGGAAGACAAGACCUGUUGCCUCAUAUUAAGCAAAGAAGUCCUCGUC